AGGAGUUCUUCACCAAUUCAUGCCGUCUCGCCGAUCACUGAAGCGCUCAGUAGCGAAUGCCACAACAGCUGUAACUCAGUUAGGAGUAUCUUCGGGUGUUGACAUUGGAGAUAUCUUUUCACAGUUCGCUGGAGGAUCUGAUGGAUAUGCCCAGCCUUCUGGUCGAAACGCUGCAGCAACAGUGGCCGUUGUCUACUGUGGACCAGAUCCUAGCAUAGGGCUGUUGUUUCGGAAAUUUGGAAAGAAAGAUUCGUUGACGAGAAUGAAGGCAUAUGAGGAGUUGCGAGGCAGAGUUGAAGAUAGCGAUGAUGCCAACUCCAGCGCACUGGUGAGUAUCUUGGAGCCAUUUGCAGCGCAUUAUAUGCGAUCGGCUUUGCUGGAUCCAGACUGGCGUUGUCGAGCCGCUUUGCACAACAUAGUCGGUCUGUUGGUAUCCAAGUUGAAGCGACAUGCUGUGCGAUAUCUACCGGACAUUCUGCCUUCACUGUAUCUAGCCGGACUAUACGAUACGCACAUUGAAGUUUGUCGCUCAGCAUCUGCAGCAUUGGCUGUGAUUUUCCCACAUCAGAAUAAACGGGAAAUGGCAAUUUACGAUAAAUUCAGAGAUUCUGUUCGGGAGGAGAUUUGGUGGUUGCUAUCAUCCGAGUGUACGAUGCAGGAGUUAGACGAGAGAUUCGGUUGCAGUGGUGGCGGCUCUAAGGUUGAUGCUAGUGACGAAAGUGAGGAAAGAUACGAUCGAGCCGUCUGUGCUGCUCUUGCUGCAGUGCCAAAAUUCGCCAAGGUGUGGAAUUCGGACGGCAGUUCUGUUGAUCCCGCUAUUGCUACUAUGGAUUUCAUGAAGUUCGCACUACCUCCAUACCGAUCAUCUGUACGUACUGCUGCUUUGUCACGCUGCCUCUUGCCGUUGUUUUCGGAGGAUAUUUUGAGGUCAAAGAUUGAGCAAGAGGUGGAUGUUGAGAAGAUACUCCUGUUGCUGUCGGCCACUCAAGGUGACCUCACAGUUGGCGCUGCGACAGCACAGUUCGUACAGGUGUUGGCUGAGGAGAGUGAUUUAUGCGGAAAACUAGAAUCGAGUCGCAAGCUCCGACAAAGGAUAUGUACGACAGUCGCGAGUGGUAGCAAGAUCAUCAAGUCGAUACCAGCGAUUAUGCGAGGAAUAGCUAGCAGCGAUGACAAGGUUGCACUGAAGUGGUCCAUUGAGGAGCUGACGCCGAGUAUUCUGCGAGCUCUGGGCGCACCGCAACCUGCCCCUCCGCCGAGGGUCGUGUAUCAGGUUUUUUCCGAAUGUCUCGGAAUUGCCGCUGCGAAUAGCAAGUUCUUGGAAUACAAGGACGAGAUCACCGACUUAUUUAUAGAGCUUGCUCGGCACUUCAUCAAUUCGGGUGAGAAUCGACUUCCGGUUGGUGCCAACCAGGAUCUUGCUUAUAUUGACGAUCAGCAAGAAUGGUAG